AUGCGAGAGCGUGCGCUGGACGGGGCGCUGAUGACGGUGUACUCGCCGCCGCCAGAUGGCACGGAGAAGCAUGGUGUCCUACUCGAUACGACAGAUUCCGCACAGGACUCGAUACAAAUGUACUUUGAGGAAAGCUCCGACGAUAGCUCCGAUGAUCUCGCGGCUGGGCGCGACGAGGAGACAGCCGCACGCGUCGAGGAGGAGAUCAGCGCGAUCCAGCACAGCAUCGAUGGGAUGCAGCAGUACGAAAUUGUAGACAAGCUGGGUGAAGGCACGUUCUCGUCGGUAUACAAGGCGAUCGAUCUGCACCACUACGCGUAUUCGAACCAGGACUGGUUCAAGAGCAGCACGCCCAAGAUCGCGGCCCGUGUAUCGCGGCGGCCGACCGUGUACGUGGCGCUUAAGCGCAUUUACGUGACAUCGAGCACCGCGCGCAUCCUGAACGAGCUGGAGAUCAUGGAGUCCCUCCGAGGCCAGCCGUACCUGUCCUAUCUCAUCACCGCCUUCCGGUCGGCCGACCAGCAGGACUACUAUCGGAUUAUGCCGCUCUCAGAUCUGCCCUGCUACUUUUACUGCCUCUUCUCCGCGCUACAUGCGAUGCACAAGCAAGGCAUCGUGCACCGUGACGUGAAGCCGGCCAACUUUUUAUAUGAUCCGCGCACGGGCUAUGGCACGCUGUGCGACUUUGGGCUAGCUGAGCGGCUCGAGGCGUCAGAAUGGCACGGCAAGUGCCACCACACUCUCCCGACGGCCGAGCAUCCUCAUGGCGAGCAGUGCAUCAACCAAGCGACACACAGCUCGCAUUUGCUUCCUGGGGGCGCGCUCUCUCGCGCUGAUGACGGCAACAAGUACAUCGUGCGCGGUCAGCCGAUGGGCCCGCCCGACCGUGUUGGGUACCUACGCAACGACCCACGGCCCAGCGUGCGCGCGAACCGCGCAGGCACGCGUGGCUUUCGUGCGCCCGAGGUGCUGUUCAAGUGCCCAGAUCAGACACCAGCGAUUGAUAUCUGGUCGGCGGGUAUCAUUCUCCUCUCGUUCCUGCUGCGGCGCUUCCCUCUGUUCAAUUCGAACGACGAUACGGAGGCGUUGCUGGAGCUGGCCACCAUCUUUGGACAGCGGCGCAUGGAGCAGUGCGCCAUGCUACACAAUCGCACGUUUGCGUGCAAUCUCCCCACGGUCGAUCACCCCGGCCGCCGCAUCCCCGAGCUCAUCCAGCAGAUCCGCCCAGCGCUGUUUGAACCGCCUCCCGACCACCCCGACCCAACCGAGUACCGCCAGCAGGUGCAGCACGUCGUGCAUCUGGCCAGUCGUAGAUACCCCGUAGCUGACGGCUGCCUUCUCCACAUGUCCCACGAAGCCAGACACCAGGGCUAUGGCGGCGCCGUUGACGGCUCUGCCCCGCUGGCUGCUACGGCCGAUGUGCUGCGGUGCUAUGAGGAGGCCGUCCAGGAGCCCAUGAUAGAGUGUGUGAACUUAGAUGGGCUUUACACGAACGCACAAGAAGAAGACUCGGAUCGUGUAGACGCGGUCGUCCUUCGCGAAGAUUUCUGCUCGACAGGUACGUUCUAUCACUUACGCGCAGCAAUUAUUGCUAGCACAUGGCUGGCGCUGCGUCCAGAGAAUCGCUCACAGGGUGUCGAUAUUGACUUGGACGCACUUCGAGAUACCCAGGCCAAGCUUGGCGGCAACAAGGUGCAACUGCUGCAAAGCCCGUCUUACGCGCAUGGGCCCCAUACCGUGGAGCUGCCUGCACCCGCUGCGAAGCCGGCCGCUGUCCCCGAAACGCCAGGGUACGUCUCAACGUGGGCAGAGGGUCAAGCAACCGCGCGUCUCGACCGCCGUCGGGCCAAGCGCCAGCAGCGGACUGCGCGGGACGCUGGGGCUGCUUCCACGGAGCCUAGGCUUGUGCUGCUGCACAGCGAUGUACUGGACCUGCCGGUACAGCCCGUUGAAGGGCGCGCGCCGCUCGAAGCGCCUGACAUUGUGGCCUCGCUAAACUAUGCCAUGGCUUACUUCCACGACCGCGCGACGCUCUUGCGGUACUUGCGAGGCGUCGUGGCGAGCCUCCGACCCAAGACAGGCGUGUUUAUUACUGACAUGUUUGGCGGUCCUCCAACGGGAGAGACGUACGAGGACCAGGAUCGCCUGUGGGCUAAGUUCCGGGACGAGCCGGGCUUCCGCCGCGCUCAAGACGGCGCCGAGCAGGUGGUCUUGCGGCCGAGCACAGGCGGCGACGAUUUGCAGGUGCUGCCUGGGCCCACGCCCGAGCAACGCGGCACGCGCGCCGAGUGGCCGCGUGGGCAUCUCAAGCUUGUUCGCACCGGUGAUACGCACGGCGGCUUUGAAUACUGGCGCGAAGAUGGACCGAUCGACUACGCGACGAAUCGAUUCCGUAUGAGCCUCAGCUUCCGUUUCCGCGACCACUCGUGGCUGCGCGACGUAUUUUCGUACGAUUUCCGGAUCUGGUCGCUGCGCGAGCUGACCGAGGCUAUGGAAGAGGCCGGAUUUGCCAGCGUGCGCAUUCUUGUGCUGCCACGCAACGACAUUGAUCGCGACGAUUCGGCGUCGGAGGGUAGCGACAUGGACGAUGGAGACGACGACGGUUUUGCGGCCAUGUUCCUCCGUACCGAGCGGGAAGAGCGCCGUCGCCGCAAGUUCCACACGGUCCAGCCAGGCGAAAAGGUGUUCUCUACGCACUCCUUUUCCACCUACAUAGUGGCGCGCGCGCCAUAG